AUGCCACGCGUCCACAUAGGACGCCUGAGCUACAACAUCUGGGAGAAGGACAUCCAGCGCUUUUUCAGUGGCUAUGGCCGCCUUCUCGAAAUAGACCUUAAAAAGGGGUACGGCUUCAUGGAGUUCGAGGACUCCCGCGAUGACGGCGACGCCGUGUACGGGCUGAACGGCAGGGAGCUCUGCGGCGAGCGCGUGAUCGUGGAGCGCCGCGUGAUCGUGGCGCACGCCCGGGGCCCGCGCCACGAGCGUGAUGGCUACAGCUGUGGAAGCCACAGUGGUGGAGGUGGAUACGGCAGUCAGAGAACCUUUGGCAGAGGCGAAUCUGGACCACCUGUAGGCGCAGAAUUCAGGCUUAUUGUAGAACAUCUUUCUAGUCGUUGCAGUUGGCGAGAUUUAAAGGAUUUCAAGAGACGAGCAGGUGAAGUAAUCUAUGUAGAUGCUCACAAAGAACGCACAAAUGAAGGUGUCAGUGAGUUUCGCUCCUACUUGGACAUGAAGCAUGCUUUGGAUAAGCUGGACGGUACGGAAAUCAAUGGGAGAAGUAUUAGACUAAUGGAAGAUAAACCACGAACAAGCCACAGGCGGUCUUAUUCUGGAAGCAGAUCAAGGUCACGGUCUAGAAGAAGGUCACGAAGUAGGAGUCGUAGGAGCAGCCGCAGUAGAUCUCGAAGUAUCUCAAAAAGUCGCUCCCGAUCCAGGUCUCGGAGCAAAGGUCGAUCACGUUCUCGUUCAAAAGGCAGGAAAUCUAGAUCAAAAAGCAAAUCUAAACCUAAGUCUGAUAGAGGCUCCCGUUCGCGCUUUCGGAGCAGACUGAAGGAUGAAUAUGAGAAAUCUCAAAGCAGGUCUCGUUCUCCAUCUCGUUCCCCCAAAGAAAAUGGGAAAGGUGAUAUAAAGUCAAAAUCUAGAUCAAGGAGCCAGUCUCGUUCCAAUUCACCCCUACCUGCUCCACCCUCAAAGGCCCGUUCUGUAUCCCCUCCACCAAAAAGUGCUACAAGAUCCCGUUCUAGAUCUCAUUCAAAGUCAAGGUCACGAUCCAGAUCGAGUUCCAGAGAUUAACCCAGAACUAUACAUUCUUUGCACACUAUUACGGAACACUUUCCUACUUGCUUAGGCAGUUACUCUUCCACGUUUGUACUUGGCCUCUUCUGCAAGAAGAAUCUCCCAGAAAAAGGGGCAUACAAAAAUUGGAUUUGUAGCCAAAUUUGAUGAAAAAGAUGAGGUUCUAAAGAAAUGGCAUGAAGUCAAAGAUC